AUGGAUACAAAUAGGACGCUGCAAUCUUAUGAGCAAUUAAGCGUCAGCAGUGGGACACUUUUGGAGUCUCGCGCUAUACGACCAAAAUUAGACGAACAGCCAACUCGCUCUCAGUGGCAACCAAAUGAAAAUAUUCAGGGAACGCUUGAGGAAACUGAGGAAGAGCGACAGCGAAAGAGAGCUGAACAAAUGGUAUUUAAUAGGCGUUACGAACCUGAAGAUAAGCGUAAGAAGCGGUUAGCGGCUCAGGCCGAAAGAGCCAGUUUUGUCAAGGACAACCCUUCCAACGUUGUUGCGCGUGACGCUGCAUCUGUUGCUUCUAUUCAAGAAGCAGGACCAGAGGUUGGCCCGUUGCAGCGCUUGAGCGGGCAUGGUGCUUUUUCUGAUCAGAGUUUAAUGGUGAGCUUCAUAGCAUCAACAGCCCAGAGGCUCAGUACUUCCGCGGACGAAAGAUCUCAACACAUUGUAUCUCUUAGUGCACCUCAUUUGAAUGGUGAGAGCGCUUGCGAACCUCUGCCUUCCACGUCUGCCUACAUACCUCUAAAAGAUUUAACAGUUCAGCCUUCACAUGUUGAUUACGCACCACUCACUCCUGAUCCUGCUUUGAGAGCAAGUCUGAAUGGAGCAAGUGAGAACAACCUUGAUGCUUCGCGUCUUCAAAGCCUACCGCCUUAUGAAAAUGAAAACAUGGAUGAAUACGAAACUAUGGAACACCAGAGCGUCACCUCCGCUUCGCGGAGACAAAAUGCAAGUCCAACACAGCGGAAGGCGAUUGCUCCAUACUGUAGCAACCAUUAG